AUGGAUAUCAGUGGAUUUCUGAAAUCUCAAUUCUUUUGCCAUCUUUUUAUCAGCUAUGUGUUUAUUGGAACAGGACUUAUCAUUAAUUUAAUUCAACUUUUUACUCUUGUCAUCUGGCCUUUUAAUAAGCAACUGUACCGAAAGAUCAACUGCAGACUGGCAUACUGCGUAUCAAGUCAAUUGGUGAUGUUGCUGGAGUGGUGGUCAGACACUGAUUGCACGCUGUAUACAGAUCCUGCAAACUAUAGCAAGUAUGGCAAAGAGAACGCUAUAGUAAUUCUCAACCAUAACUUUGAAAUUGACUUUCUCUGUGGUUGGAACUUUUGUGAGAGAUUUGGUGUCCUUGGUAGCUCAAAAGUCCUAGCAAAGAAGGAGCUAUCUUAUAUUCCUGUAAUUGGCUGGAUGUGGUACUUCUUGGAGAUUGUCUUCUGUAAACGAAAAUGGGAAGAAGAUCGAAAAACUGUUGUAAAGGGUUUACAGAAUCUUAGGGACUACCCAGAACAUUUUUGGUUUCUAAUACACUGUGAGGGUACGCGUUUCACUGAGAAAAAGCAUGAAAUUAGUAUGCAAGUUGCUGAAGCCAAAGGCCUUCCCAAGCUGAAAUAUCAUCUACUGCCCAGAACAAAAGGAUUCUCAGUCACUGUGCAAAGUUUGAGAAAUGUAGUGUCUGCAGUGUAUGACUCAACCCUCAAUUUUAGAAAUAAUGAAAAUCCUACCUUACUCGGGGUAUUAAAUGGGAAAAAGUACCAUGCAGAUCUAUAUGCAAGGCGGAUUCCAUUAGAAGAAAUACCUGAGAAUGAGCAGGAAUGUGCUCAGUGGCUACACAGACUAUACCAGGAAAAAGAUGCUUUUCAAGAAGAGUACUAUAAGACUGGAAUCUAUCCAGGCACUGCUAUUGUUCCUCCCCGUAGACCAUGGACUCUACUGAACUGGCUUUUUUGGGCCUCUUUGUUAUCUUAUCCACUAUGCAAAGUGCUUGCUAACAUGAUCAGCAGCGGAUCAUACCUCACAUUGGCCAUGUUUGCACUGCUCAUGGUUAUAGUUUCUGUCGGAGUGCGUCGCAUGAUUGGAGUGACUGAAAUAGACAGAGGCUCCACUUAUGGCAACAAUGAAAAUAAGCAGAAGCAGACAUAACAGUAUUUGCUCCUCCUCAGACUUCAAAGGGAAACAUUUUGAACAAUGACCCAAAAAUGGGAGGCCCUCGUUGUCUUACGGGUGCUUCUAACCCUCAUGUACAGUAGGUGAAAAUCUGAAUAAUUUGUGGUGGCAGACAGGACUGAAGAAAACCUACCAAUGUGUUUUAUUUUUAAACUGUGACGGCUCAUUCUGU